GGGGCUCCGGCUUUGCAACGUGGACUCCAUUUCCUCCCUAGACCCACCAUCAGUUUUAAAAUCCAGUACCAAAAAAACCGGAACAGCAUCUUCUGGGGUGAUGGUGUUAUGAGAAAAAUCAAAUUCAAAGCCAUCCAAAAACCUGAAACCCUCCAAAUCCAUUCAACCCCAGCUCUGAAAAUCUAACAAAAACCAGCGAUUUAGCAGAAAAAGAACAGCUGGUGCUCACUCCCAAUUUCACCCCUUCCAUCUGGUAAUAUCUUCCCUAUCUUACCUUUGGGUGGCUGGUAGUUUCAUCAGAGGAGGUGUGUUUGGUUUUGAAUUUUUUUAUUGAAAUGCUUUUGAUUUGGAUUAUUUAUGCGAGGAGUGCUCGAAGUUGAUGCAUUUUAGAUUAUUGGGUAACCCCUUUUUUUUGGUGUAAGUUCUUGCUCUGGUUGAAGAAAUCGGGGUCUCUUUUUUUGAGAAAAAAAAUGGUGAAAACGAGGGAUUCGGAGUUCAAGUGAUAUGGAGGAGUGGUGGAGAUUUUGAUUAUGAUGAAAAAUUUUGGUUUCUCUCAUGGUUGGUAGUUGUUGUGGAUGUUAAUUUAUGUAUGUAUGAAUCAAUGUGACUAAUUUGUGCCCAAAAGGUCUGGCCCAUAGCAUUGCGAUUAUCAAGAAAUGGGGAGGAGGUGGAACCCUUUUGGAUUCCAGCUCUCUGGUUUUGGUUUCGCCGUUUUAAUUCUUCUGUUGAAAAUACACGAGUGUGUUUCACUUAGCCUUGAAGGAUUGGCUUUGUUGAGAUUUCGUGAGAGAGUGAAUAAUGAUCCAAAUAGAGCUUUUGCAAAUUGGGAUCCUAGUGAUACCAACCCAUGUAUGUGGUUGGGAGUUCAUUGUGUGGAUGGUAAAGUGCAAAUGCUGAAUCUGAAAGGCCUUUGGUUGGAGGGAGUACUGGGACCCGAGCUUGGAGAACUUAGUCAUCUAAGAUCUCUUGUGCUAUAUAGGAACCACUUCUCAGGCUUCAUUCCUAAAGAGAUUGGAAGGCUUAAAAUGCUGGAAUUAUUGGAUUUAAGAAAUAACAACUUGAGCGGAAGAAUCCCUGCAGAAAUAAGGAUGAUGCCUUCAUUAAAACACCUGUUGGUUUCUGGCAAUAAAAUUAUUCCUCCCAAGCAUGAGGAGUUUGAUUUACUCCCAGAACCACAACUUGAUGAAAACCUGGUUUCUGGGCAUAAAAUUAUUCCUUCCAAGCCUGUGGAGCUUGAUUUGCUCCCAGAACUACAACUUGAUGAAGACCUUACAUUUGCCUCGAGGACAGGAAGGGAUUGUAUAAAUACGAAAUUUGGGCACUGCAUCUGGGAGAGCAGUUUGCAACAACUGAAGAAAGCAGGUUCAUUCAUAAUCCCAAUGGUGCGAACAAUUCUGCAGUACCUUGAUGUGUCGCCUCUGUCCAAAUUUGGAAAGCACUAUUUACAGGGUGAUAAAGAGAAUUGUUGUCACAAUCUUCCUAGUUCAGCUGAACAAUUCAUAGUAAAAGAUGUAGAUGAUAUGGUAAAUAUUGCACGUCGUCGGAGACUGCUUCAGUCAUCUUAUAAUCUCCCUGCUGCACCUGUGAGUAGCACUGAGCUCUCGCAACUAACAACACCUUUUACUCUAAGCAGUGGAGCUUUCCCUGCAGUUAACAAACACUCUCCUCUACCAUCAAACCCGUCUCUUCCUUCACCGCCUGACCUGUCUCUUAGUGCUCCUAAUCCUAAUACCAAGUCUCCCCAAAAGCCAGUUCACCAACCUUCAGCUCAUCAUUCUCCUGAAAGGAACUAUUUUCACGCAAUUCCUGGAGUGGCCUUUUUGUUUGUUCUUUGUGCAGUAAUGCUCUACAUUUGUCGGAAAAAAGCAGCAAAAGCAAUAGCUCCUUGGAAGACUGGUAUAAGUGGCCAGUUGCAGAAGGCACUUGUCACAGGUGUUUCCAAGCUGAACAGGGCAGAGCUAGAAGCUGCUUGUGAGGAUUUCAGCAAUAUUCUUGAUACUUUUCCUGGCUGUAAAGUAUACAAGGGAACGCUUUCAAGUGGUGUUGAGAUUGCUGUGGCCUCAACUACUAUUGCAUCUUCCAAAGAAUGGUCAAGACAUGCAGAAGUGGCAUUUAAGAAAAGGAUAGAGAAACUAUCAAGAAUAAACCACAGGAACUUUGUAAAUAUACUAGGCUACUGUCAAGAGGACGAGCCUUUCACGAGGAUGAUGGUGUUUGAGUAUGCCCCCAAUGGAAACCUCUAUGAGCAUCUACAUGUAAAAGAAGUUGAACAUCUUGACUGGAAUGCUAGGGUGAGAAUUAUAAUGGGAGUGGCCUAUUGUCUUGAACACAUGCACCAUGUGCUGAACCCUCCUUUAGUUCAUCCCCAUCUGCAUUCAAGUUCUAUUCUUUUGACAGAAGAUUGUGCUGCAAAGAUUGCAGAAAUAAGUUUCUGGAUGGAUCUGGCAACCAAAUCAAAGAUAGCAGAUGAAGAACAAUCAGAGCAUUCCCUGUUGCACCCAGAAGCUGACCCUGAAUCAAAUGUCUACAGCUUUGGAAUAAUGCUGCUAGAGAUCAUUUCUGGGAAGGUCCCUUACAAUGAAGAACAAGGAUCCCUUGUGAACUGGGCUACUGAAUACUUAAAUGGUCAGAAGAGGAUCAGCUACAUGAUAGAUCCCUCACUCAAGUGUUUCAAGAAUAAUGAGCUUGAUGUUAUAUGUGAGAUAAUCCAGGAAUGCAUAAAUGAAGAACCAAAGCAUAGGCCAACAAUGAAAGACAUAGUCCCAAGCCUAAGGAAUGUGAUUGCAGUCUCCCCAGAUCAAGCAACUCCAAAACUCUCUCCCCUAUGGUGGGCGGAACUUCAAAUCCUUUCAGUUGAGGCCAGUUAAUCUCUCUAGUUUCCUUCCCUUCCUUUUUUUCGGCUUUUGAUGUAAGUCAGCUCUUGCCUUUCAAACUAAUGACUGCAUACAUUGUUCUUCCCCUGCCAACCCUCACCAUUUUUCACCAUUCCUAGUUCAUUCUUGCCUUCUGUCUUCCCAUUUUUACCCUGUACACUGCUCAAAUAAUUCUUAUAAUACAACCAUGUCCAAAACUCUUACCACACUGCGUAGGUUAAGAUGGGGAAAUGGGAUAUAAGAAAAAGAUCAAACUGUUGGGAUUCAUCCUUCUUGUUCUUCUUUACCCCUUUAAUCUUUCUUUGGGGUUAACAGUUAGCCUCUUUUUUUUUUUUUGGUGUUGUAUGACCUUUUUUCCCCUUGUAAAUGGGCUGUUGGGGUUUACUGUAAAUGAUUUCAGAUUCAGAUACUGCUGAGUUUUUUUCCAUCUGAAAAGUUUGGGAUCUGUUCUCCCAUUGUUUA